AUGGAUAACAAAACAAGGAAUGAGCGAAUAGGGCCGCUGCCUGGGGGUCGCCAGGGCGCGCCUGGAGCUGGCGCUGGGCGUAGCAGCAUGCGGGCCGCCAGUGCCACCAGUCGACCGGCGCUGCCACCUAGCCGGUCGACAUAUCCAUCAUCCCCACCAGAUGGCUUGGCUCCGACAGGGUCCACCAGGGCCCAAUCUUCGGCGCCCGCCGCUGGUGGUGUACGCCGCAUGCGCUGGACUUCUCUCAUGAACGAGAAUGUCAUGCGUGCGUACUACAGGGCGACAGGAGGGGAAACCGGACGGACUGGCUACCGAGCGGCAAUGUACCGCGAGUUCCUGCUGCUCGAGCCGAACUUAACUGUCACGGAACAAAACCUGGCAGACCGGGCUCGGUAUAUUCAGCGUUCUAACAUCUUCAACGCUACCGAGCUCGAACGAUUACGACGUGAGGCUGUUCCGGAAGUCUCAGCACCUACCGCAGAGCAAAUCGUCUCCCAGGCGGCGCCUGUCCGCGAGGAGACAAUUACCACGUCACAAGAUUUGCCUGUGGAGGAAGACACUGAGGGAACAGUCUCCCUUGAUAUAGAGCGGAUGAGAGGGAUUCUAGAAGAGGCGAUUUCUGAAAUCCGGAGCGCUCCUCUAGAGAAUCGUCCGCGGCUCUCCCGACUUACACUAAAUGUAGCGACGCGGGAUGUCAUUGAGGCCAUAAACAAAAUGCUGCCACAACAUCUGGAGAGCAGCACUGGCCUGGGUGAUACGGCUUCUAUUAUCUUCGGUGCGGCGCUAGCCGUGCACCGAUUCAUCGGUGCCAAGACUCCGGGACCGGGGCGUGCUGCUGCCACAAGGUUGGACCAGCCUGACAUUGCGCAAAAGCUAACAGAGCGCAUCGACGACCUGAAGCAGAAAAUCGCUGCAUGGGGGAACCGCAUCCGACGAUACUCGGCAAGAGUCGAGCGAUUUCAGCAAAAUCGUCUCUUCUCGAGUGAUCAGAAAAGGUUCUACAAAAGACUGGAGUGCCCAGCAGUCUGCUCUACCUCUCAACGACCGGACCCGGCCGACCUAGUCGCUUUCUGGCGGGGGGUGUGGUCGAGAGAAGUGGAGCAUGAGGAGGGGCCUUGGAUUGCGGCGGUAGAGGAAGCAUGUGCCAGAAUAGAACCGAUGAACCCGGUCGCCAUCUCUGCGGAGGAUGUAGCUGGUGCAUGUAGUUCUAAUUCCGCGCUGUUCUUCAGUGAUGCCUUCGUCACAGGGUGUCCUGGCUAG